GAGUCCCAGACCAGUUGUUGAUGACCCCAGACUCAGAGUCUCCACCAAACAACCUCCCUCAUCACCAGCCCAAGAUGCAUCCGCGUCUCAAGGUGGUCAAGGCCUGCGAAAGCUGCCGACGUAGGAAGAUAAAAUGCGACGCGCGGCAACCCUCUUGUCGGCCGUGUCUUGAGAGAGACGGCCCUGCAUGCAGGUAUUCAACAGAAAGCACGCGCCGAGUAGGCCGGCCACCCAAGUCGACAAGAGCAGCACAUCACCCACAGCCUUCGUCAUCUGUCUCGUCUUCGAUGACUUACACCAAAGACGACAGUAAGACUUCCAGCCCUGCGUCAGGAACACCGGCGUCCGCUACGAGACGUGCAAAGGAUGAAGAUGCCAUCUCCAUCGACGCAGACGCCAUGACCGGCAUGGUCGGCGACCCAGCCAAAAGCGUCGAAUUCUUCGGACGAAGCAGCGCCGGGUCGUUCUUGCGACAGAUCAAUUCAGCCAUAGAUGCGCAGCUGGGACAGGGCCAGAUGGUAGCAUCCACGGAUCUCGAUGGUGUCAGUCCCAUGCGUGCCAACAACCAUGGCGCACGCCGGAUGAAGGACCCUCGUGACUUCGUUCUCCCUCAACGGCUCGUUGCAGAUGACCUCUUGCAGUGCUAUUACGACUACGUAUGGUCUAUCCUGCCUGUGCACGAUUGGGUGGCAUUCAAGGCAACGUAUCACCUGCUAUGGACGGGAUCACUACCGGCCGUGCCCGAAGCUACACUAUACUGCAUGGUGAAUAUGGCAUUCGCCCUCGGCAGCCAGUUCUCCGUCUCCAUCGAGCCCGACCAACGCCGCGAGGUUGGUCAAUCGUUUUGGGAGAGAGCGCGAAAGCUCUUCGGGCCCCAUACGCACGACAGCGCGUCUCUGGAGCGGGUUCAGUGCAUGCUGCUCAUGGGCCUCUACCUGCAAAGCACUUCCGACACGCACGAAUGCUGGAUGACAAUUGGUUCUGCGAUCAGAAUGGCCCAGAGCCUGGGGCUUCACUUGUCCAACGCCAUAAAGAAGGUUCCUGGAUCCCGUGAGGUCGAGAUUGCGCGUCGGGUAUGGCACGGGUGCGUGUACAUGGAUCGUGUCUUGUCAAUGACGUUUGGUAGGCCGAGCAUGAUUGCAAGCUGGCUUCCCGAGACGGUCCAGGUCCCAGUACCGUCAAUGAUUGACGAUGAAUAUCUCGAUAGUCGGGCUGAGUCCAGCGCCAUCCGGCCGGACGGGGAACCGUCAGUUGUUGCAUUCUUCGUCAAGACAAUCGAGCUAUACGACAUCAUUAAUGACAUAAUCCUGGAGCUGUACCAGAGCUCAACCGACAUGGCUAGCAAAGAAACGCACCACUUGGUCGCUGUUCUCCAGUUCGAUGACCGCCUACUCAAGUGGGAACAGUCUCUACCGGAACACCUGCAAUAUGCCCAUUGCAAGGGAGAGCAAGAUCUAAUAUUUGAGCGCCAGCGUAUUGUGUUGCGAGCACGGUACCUGCAAGCCCGCAUUGUCGUCCUGCGACCCAUAUUGGCAGACUAUUACCUCAAACUGAUCAACUUGAAAAACGUCCAGGCCGCCAGGGACACUGGUUUGUCUCAGCAUCUAAUCGUGAAGUCGGCAGAACUUUGCUUCGAGGCCGCUCACGAGAUGAUUGACGUGUUGUACGACCGUUUCGACCUGACCACUGUUACGGGGCCCGUGCCGGCUUGGUGGUUUGCUGUGUUAUUUGUUUACACUGCUGCAACUGUUCUCUUGGCAGAACGUCUUCGGCCCAUAGACCACAGGCCAGAGGCCUCCGGUGCCUGGCGUGGCGAUAGGUCAUGGCAUCGUGCAAUCGAGCUCCUGAAAGCAUACUCAAGAGUCGGCCAGUCCGCUGAGCGGUGCGUUGCAGCUCUCGGAAUCUUGUCGUCGAAGAUACCUUCUGCAUCACUGUACAACCACGGUAACGGCGACAACCUUCAAUCGCUGGUCGAUGUGCAGGUUGGAGGUAGGAGUGGAAGCUCAUCGGUGGAAAACGCGUUUGGGCAACAAAACGCCACGGACAAUGAGUUGAACUUCCAGUUCGACUUUAGCAACCUCGACUUCGACAUUGAUGACAUGUUCUGGCUCAACACUUCAGCAGCGGGCAUCAUCUUCUGAAAAGGGUGUUGGCUUCUUUGCGGCAUCGCUUUGUGUCUCACUGUUGGAGCUCGCGCGAUUCUGCGGUCGUGUAAAGGCGUGGAUGUCUGAGAGGAGAACGGAGACCCAAGGGGGGUCAAGGCGCAGCAUGCAGGCUGAGUUGUGGUGGGAGUGCAACAAUGCCUUGAUGAUAAAUUCCCCAAUUAAUGUCCUUUCUCGCCAUCGUGAA